GAACUCACCACGUGACCAGCCGGCUUGGCGGAGAGGAGGAAGAGGCAGUUGGCAGGCUGCUUUACAGGGUCUUCGCUCUCCUUUCUUCAGAGAAAGGUUCUUGGUUGGAAACACUGGAAGGGAAGUAACUUGGACUCCCCCUUUUAGCAGCAGCACUCCAAAGUGUACUCAUCUCUCUUCAUGUGCAGCUAUUAUCAAGUGCCCAGGACAAAACUGAAUCACAUUCCCUAUUUUAUAUGUGAUACUCUCCAAUGCAUCCAGAUUUGAAACUUCUGAGCAUCAGCUAGCUAACAUUUAUCUGACAACAAUGAAGUUUCUGCUGGUUUUUGAUUUUGACCAUACAAUUGUAGAUGAAAACAGUGAUACCUGGAUUGUGAAAUGUGCACCUGCCGCAAAGCUGCCUGAUGAAAUAAGGAACUCCUAUCAGAAAGGACGUUGGACUGAAUAUAUGGGCAGAGUUUUCAGAUUCCUGGGGGACAACGGAAUAAGGGAAGAGGAAAUGAAAAGAACCAUGACAGCAAUACCUUUCACGGAAGGAAUGAAAGAUCUGCUAGAUUUUAUUGGCAAACACAAAGACUCUUUUGAUUGCAUAAUUAUAUCAGAUUCGAAUGCAGUAUUUAUUGAUUGGAUUUUAAAAGCUGCUAAUGUCGGUCAGGUAUUUAAUGAAGUAUUUACAAAUCCUGCAAGUUUUGAUGGAUGUGGCUAUCUUACUGUGGAGAAUUUUCAUAUUCACAGUUGUGCCAGGUGCCCCGUAAACCUCUGCAAGAGGAAAGUCUUAGAAGAAUUCUUAGAAAACCAUUUGAAGCAGAGGAUUAAAUACUCUCAAGUUUUAUACAUAGGUGAUGGUGGAAAUGAUCUAUGCCCAGUAAUGUGCUUAAAAAAGGAUGAUGUUGUUAUGCCAAGGCAUGGAUAUAUGUUACAGAAAAUGGUUUCUCAGUUGUCUCAGGAUCUCGUUCCUUUGGAAGCAUCAAUUGUCACUUGGUCAUCCGGUAUUGAGAUACUGGCCUAUUUAGAAUUGCUUAUAAAAUGAUAGAUCUAAUUAAUACCAAUGAAUAAUAAUAAAUUGGUGCUGGUAUCUCAGUCUUCUCAUGAUACAGCCAUUUCUUCACGACCGUUAGAAAAGAACAUUUUAUGAUGCCAUUUUGAUUCAUUGUCUUCCUUUGUGCAGUCAGUGUUGUGUUGGGGGAGAGGAUGGGAAGGAUAUAUGCCUCAGCAAAAGGGGAGGAGUGCAUAAUCAAGUGAAACAGAUUCCAGAGUCAUUGCUGAAUAUAGUUGCCAUGUAUCAUCCCAGAGAAAGCAUCAAUAGAGUCUGUUUUUGUAAUGUAUGCAAGUUGUUUCCCUCUUAGUUGUUUCGAGGACAAGGAAGUAUGACUGCUGGCCAGUUAUUUUCCAGAAGAAUAGUCAGAGCAGUAUUCAUAAUGCUAGACGUUAUCUAAGGAAGCAUACGCUUCUGAUGGAGGAUAGAAAUGUGGAAAGAGCUAAAACCAAGGUUGCCCCAUGAUAACCUAAAUGCUACUUUUGACUGUAGUUUCUGCCUGUAUAGUUUAAUUGUGCCAAGUUGAUUUAUUUAUUACUGUCAGCUCCUUCUUCCCAAUCGAAGUCCCUUUAUAUCUCAACUGCUACUUAUAAGAGACUUAGUCCUCCCCCAUUAUAUGUGAGUGGCAAAUAAUUUCUGUAGAUCCAAGGGGCAGCUGCUUCCAAUUUCACAAAACUAGUUUAAAAUUGGAACUAAUUUUGUAACAAAGCCAGAUUUCUCAAACAUCUCAGCAUAACGUGGCAGCCACCCUUCCUCCUCCUAUGUAAGAAGUACACUGUAGCACAUCAUUUAAUAAAUAGCCUGUAUAAUUCAGUUCUGUCACAUGUGACACAAAGAGAUAAGAUGAUAUAGAACAUAAGCAGCAUCUGCAAAGAAUAAGCAUGGACAACACUGAAGGUUGUUAUAAUCUCACGUUUGCUUGUUUUAUACUGUGUUUGUUUUAUCUGCAAAUGUACUGUUAGGAAAUCAAAAUGAAUGAUGCAGUGAGAGGAGAUGUAUUCUUUGUUAGCAGCUGGUAGAACUGUUGACUCUUUCUGUAUAUUUAUUUAUUUAUUAAAAUAUUUAUACCCUGCCUUUCUAAUUGGUUCAAAAGGGAUUACGAUCAUAGUUUAAAAAACAUUACCUGUUAAAACCAAAAUAAAAUAACCUCCCAGUCUCCCUCCUGCCCUGUUACAGGUUGCCUGCCAUGCACACAUCCCUCAGAAGCCUAGGCAAACAAGCAAGACAUGCAGUGCUUCCUGAAGAUCUUCAAGGAGCCCCCCCCCCUCCUUUCAGGGAGCCCAUUCUACAGAGCAGGAGCCGCAAUAGAGAAGGCACAGGCUCUAGUUGAUGCCAAGCAGGCCACCCUAUCUGACCAUAGUUGGCACACAGGGACAUGUGGCAGGAGACAGUCCUUCAAACAUUUUGGUCCCAGGUUGUGAAGGGCUUAAAAAGUCAUAACCAGCAGCUUGAAUUGAAUUCAGGAACAAAUUGGAAGCCAGUGUCACUGUUUCAAAAUUAGCAACAUACGUUCCCAGUGGCUAGCCCCUGGCAGUGGUCAGAUUACCUUAUUCUGGACAAGUUGUAGUUUUCAGGUUGUCUUCAGGGGCAGCCCUGCACAGAGUGCAUUGCAGUAAUCCAGCCAUGAAUUUCCAGAAGCCUGGAUUUUAGCAUUGCCAGAUUUGCAGGGUCUAGGUAAUAAGUGUGGGCAGACCAGGUGCAGCUGAUAGAAUGCACCCGUGGCCACCAUGCUAACCUGCUUUUCAAAGAGCAAGUCAGGGUAUGUAUGCAUGUUACUUGGAAGCAAGUUCUACUAAGUUCAGUAGGAUUUUCUCCCAAGUAAAUGUGUCUAGAAUUGCAAGCUUAGAAGUCAGAAUUUUGAUAAAACGACAGUCCUGUACAUUAAACAGUGUUAGAAUGAAGAAAAUUUUACUACCACAGACCCAAUUCUACUGCAAUCUUCUGUGUUUUUGAGACAUCAGUUUUGUGCAUAUUCAUCUGCGAAGAUAUUGUUCAUGAGCAUGUAAUCCAUUUUCCCAUAGCAUCUCAUUAACGUUAGGGUGGUGGUGUCUGAAAUGGAGGCUUUAAAAUAUGAGAUAUUUAUGAAUAGUAUUGUAUUGACCUUUUUACUCUAUUGUGAAUUGUGAUUGUGUUGAAAUGUUUUGCUGAAUAGAUGACUAUAUUUAGGUAAUGCGUACUGGCGUCAACUUUUUAAGUUUUUGAAAACAUAUAUAAUGUUUGAAAAUGGGGGUAAGGAAGGGCAAGGGGCAAACACUUAUAAUUCCUAGCUGGUUUCCAGAUCCCUUAAUUUCAUGGCAAUCUGCUGUUUGAAGAGUUUAUUUGAGACUAAAGUACAAGCAACAAAUUUAUAGUUUACUUAUAGUUCAGUCGUUAUUUUGUUGAAUACAAAUGUGCCUACUGCAACUGUACACUGUUUAAGAUAACAAAGAUAUAAUUUUAAUUUAUCAUGUCUGUAGUUUUAUAUUUAAAUAUCCAUGUUUAUAUAAAAUAUUUAAAUAUUUUAUUAAAUAAUUAUGUUUUAAUUGAA